AUGUCUGAAAUCCACGGAAUUGGCGGCCCUUUGCCAGCCAUUCCGGACGACAUGUCCGUUGCACAAUUCAUGCUCGACUACCACCAUCCUUUCAGGCCUGUUCUCGCGCAGCCCAGCCCGUGGCUGAUUGAGGAUAGCAGUGGACGGAAGGUGUGGAAAGAAGAGAUAUAUUCGCGCACUGAUGCGUUGGCGAAUUCAUUGAGCGCGCGCUGGAAGAUUGGAGAGAACGACGUUGUCUCCAUCUUCAGUCCCAAUAGCGUCGACUAUCCUGUCAUAAUCUGGGCCGUUCACCGGCUCGGAGCCAUUGUCAGCCCCCUAAAUCCCACUCAGACUGCAGAGGAGCUCAAGCAUCAACUCAAGUCUACAAGCCCGAAAUUACUCCUAGCACACUCAUCCAAUUACGCCACCGCGCUUGCAGCCGCACAGAUAGUGGGCAUCGCUCCUGACCGCGUCGUCCUUGUGGACACUGCAUCAGGCUUGAAAGAUCCUGCGGUGAGGCAUGCGACUCUGUCGGAACUCAUCGACGAAGGUGUGAAGCAGCCGAAGAGCUUUGUUGAGCGUAAGCUAAAUCCCGGCGAGGCGAAAUCGAAGCUAGCCUUCUUGAGCUUCUCGAGCGGCACAACUGGGCUGCCAAAGGCGAUCCGGAUAUCCCACUAUGCCCUCAUCGCCAAUAUGAUACAGGUAGCUACGUUUCUGAAGACGGACAAGAAACCGCUGUCCGAGGCUUCGCUGCGUCCUGGAACCGUCAUACUGGCUGUGCUUCCUUUCUACCAUGCAUAUGGGCUUGCGUUCGUCAUGCACUUCACGCUCUUCCAUGGGGCGACACUGGUGGUGAUCCCGAAAUUCAACUUCACCGAUAUGCUGAAAAGCAUUGAGCGGUAUCGCAUUAACUACCUCCCUCUUGUUCCUCCCGUGGCUGUUCUAUUCUGCAAGCACCCCGAUGUUAAAAAAUACGACUUGAGCUCUGUCAGAGCGGUCGUGUGCGGUGCUGCUCCACUCUCUGGAGAGCUGAUGACCCAGCUCGCCACCCUCUUUCCCGAGGCGUGGAUUGGCCAGGGUUUUGGUUCGUCCCAGGUCAUCUCACCGUUCACGGCCUACCAAGCUGAUGACAGGAUAGGCAUGACGGAGACGUUCACCAUGAUUGCAAUGGCGUCGCCGAACUGUAAGGUGGCCGACCCCAGCAGCGCAGGCGUCCUCAUAUCUGGCCUUGUCGCUCGUGUGGUCCGCGCGGAUGGAAGCCUCGCGCCGCCCGGCGAGCCCGGCGAGUUUGUGAUCUCGACGCCAUCUUUGGCCUUGGGAUAUCUGGACGAGAAAGCCACAAAGGAGACUUUCAGAGACGGGUGGUUGUACACUGGAGACGAGGUGAUCAUCAAUGAGAAGGCUGAGCUCUUCGUUGUGGACCGUAUCAAGGAACUUCUGAAAGUUAGAGCAUUCCAAGUUGCGCCCGCAGAGCUGGAGGGCUUCUUGCUGCAGCAUCCAGACGUAGCAGAUACUUGUGUCGUCAGCCUUCUCGACGACUUCAAUGGCGAUCUCCCCCUCGCCUACGUCGUUCCCAGCGCCGCAGCGCAAGCACGUAUGGAGACGGACCCUGCGGAAGGGGAUAGGAUCAAGGCUGCUCUCAUCAAGUACGUCGCAGACGGGAAGACGUCCUACAAGCAGCUCACCGGUGGUGUCGAAUUUACUGACGUUAUACCCAAACUUCCGAGCGGGAAGCUCCUGCGCCGGUCACUGCGUGAUCGUGCGAGACAGAUGGCGAAGCAGGGUCUGCUAACUUCCGUGCCUAAGGCAAAGCUGUGA